AUGGAUGCUAUUAGGCGAGCAAAGAUGAUACUACUUUUUUCGAACGUCGGCAUUGUUCUGAGCGUUGUAGUUUUCAUGGCCGGGUACUUCAGUCCUCCUCAGAAGCUGCCAAUUGAAAAUGACCUUGAGCAGACUGGGUUGCAAGGAGCUGGAGAGGAGGGACGUUAUUCUCAGCAGCCUGCGCCCUUCGACAAAGUCGUCUUUAUGGUUAUUGAUGCGCUACGCAGUGACUUUGUCUACGAAGAGGACUCGGGCUUCGGCUUUACACAGAGUCUCAUAAGAUCCGGGUCCGCAAUUCCAUUCACUGCACUCGCUGCCCCGCCAACCCUAACUCUGUCACGGAUCAAAGCCAUGACCCAGGGAAGCGGGCAAUCCUUCCUCGACGCAUGGCUCAAUGUCAUGCAUUCCGCCGAUGCGAGACGGCUCGUCGGAGAGGAUACAUGGCUGUCUCGCUUCAAGGCGGAGUGUGUACCGGAAAAGAAGAUGGUCUAUUAUGGCAUCGACAUGUGGUGUAUGUUGUACCCGGAGAUAUGGGACCGGUAUGAAACAGUGGACUCGUUUUAUUUACCGAAUUUCAGCGAAGUCGAUAGCAACGUUACGAAGGGAUUAACAUCCGAACUCGACAAAGAUGACUGGAAGGGGUUGGUUCUGCAUUACCUCGGCCUCGAUAAUGCCGCUCACUUUGGGGGCGCUGGGAGCUCGAUUGUGAGAGCAAAGCAAGUUGAAAUGGACGAUGUGGUCCGCCAGAUAUACAACGCACUGGAGGAUCUGCCCAGUCACGCCAACACUCUAUUUGUCCUAGCUGGCGACCAUGGGAUGACGGACAAUGGCAACCACGGAGGUGACACACCAGCCGAGAUUGCUUCUGCGCUGCUCUUCAUCUCGCCCAAGUUCGAAACUCUCGGCAACACAUUCACGAGUCCUCAGCCGAACAAUCCAGAGUUUACCUACUAUUCUGUUGUUGACCAAGUUGACAUUGUCCCCACGUUGGGAGCACUCCUGGGCUUCUCGAUCCCCACCGGAAGUGUGGGAGUUUUUAUCAAGCAGUUGCUCGCACUUUUCCCGGAAGUCAGUCAACAGGUGCAAGUCCUGAUGCGCAAUGCGCGACAGAUGGUCAAUCUGCUGUUCUUGAAGAAUAAAAUGGGGGCUUCAAUGCGUCUGGAACUGUGCGACAGUAACUGCCAUUGCGGUUCCGAUAGAGCUCGUCGUGUUCUGUGCCUAUGGGAACGGCUGAAUGCCGAAGCCUCGGCGACAGUGCAGAGUGAGGAUUCCAAUAUGCACAGUUUAGACUUGCUACAGGAGAUUUGCUUUGACGCCCAGCAAGCUCUUGGCGUGGCACACAAUAAUCUCAACAUGCGUCGCAUGGCCACAGGCAUAGGCCUUUUAUUUCUGGUGGUCAUCUCUCUACUUUCAUCAUUGAGCUUUCGGAAAAGCGAGCAGAGUGAUCUUCAUCGGUUGAUGCCCGGAGCCGUCGUACUUUUCCAUGGCAUCACAAUGUUCUCUAGUCGCCUAGUGGAAGAGGAGCACCUUUUUUGGUAUUGGACAUCUCUAGCAUGGUUUGUAUAUCUGGCCCUCAAAUGGUUACCAACAGCGACAAGCAAGGCUGGCGCAAUCUUUGUGCCUCUUCUUCACAUUGUCGGCCAAAGCUUGAAUCCAGCUGGGGAAACCUCUUGGGGAGCCGGCAAAUACCUGCACGGCUUCCUCGAUAAUAGUCCAGUAUGGCUCUGGAUCCUGGCAGCGGGUGCACAUGUACUGGCCGUGCGAACGUUAUCCGAAGCUAUCGGCGUCGCCGUCGGGGUCGGAAAAUACGCCUCAAUGUUCGGUGCGUGCUUGGUGUGCGGCUUGACGGUGUUUUUCAAGAUAUGCUCGACACAUACCUUCAACCCAGAGCUCUUGGAAUUUUUGCCUCCAUGGCUCCAGUCAACCUUUAACGAGGAUGUUGGAAACCAGGCCCUUUGGUCAUUGUGGAGUGGACUACUGGCUCUAUGCAUCGUCUUGCUUGUCCGCCGUCGUGCAGGGACUAUCAACGUGAGCCAAGCGACUAGUCGAGCUAUUCUUGUUGGAAUUGUCGAGCUCGUAAAUGUAUAUCUGCGCGCACAAGCACGACCAAAGAGUCUCAUCCUCUUCCUAAUCUUCGACCUGCAAUUGCAAUGGCUCCUGUCGGCAUCCUCAAAAGCCCAGACAGACGCCUCCACAGUAUCCCUCACGGUCCUCCUCCUCACCCAAAGCGCCUUCUUCUCUGGCGGCCGCAGCAACUCCCUCGCCUCAUUAGAUAUGAUGAACGGGUACAACGGCAUCUCGCAUACUGACAGCAUGUUGAAUGUUAUCCUCGUCUCGCUCCAGACCAUUCUAAGUAAUUGGCUUGGUCCGGUAUGGUGGUCGCUCGCUGGGCUGCGGCUCCUAAGCGAAGCAACCGCAUCAAAGAACCGUGACGCAAGGGUGCAAUGCUUUCUAGAGUAUUGUACAUACCAAGCACUCUAUUCGGCAGUCAGUUCUCUUGCCGUUAUGAUGUCAUGUCUUUGGUGGCGUGAUGAUGGUGUCCUGUGGACGGUGCUCGCACCGAAGUAUGUCAAUGUUGCGCUUUGGGCUGGAUUCCACCAGUUGCUGGUUAAUGGGCUUUUGGGCAUGGCAUUGUGGUUUGGCAUUGUGGUGUAG